CUUUUAGGGAGGAUCAAUGGCCAGCUUGGUUGUGAUUCUAGGAGUGUUUUGGGGUCUCUGCAUCUUGAGUGUUGCCCUCCUGAAAUGGAAUGAGGUUAGGUACAGGAAGAAAGGAUUGCCACCAGGUACAAUGGGGUGGCCACUGUUCGGAGAGACCACUGAGUUUCUAAAACAAGGUCCAGCCUUCAUGAAAAACCAAAGAUCAAGGUUUGGGAGUUUUUUCAAAUCACACAUACUGGGUUGUCCUACCAUAGUUUCGAUGGAUCCGGAGUUAAACAGGUACAUCUUAGUUAAUGAAGCAAAAGGGCUCGUCCCCGGCUAUCCUCAGUCUAUGUUAGAUAUAUUGGGGAAAUGCAACAUCGCAGCCGUCCACGGCUCUGCUCACAAGUAUAUGCGAGGGGCCCUGCUUGCCCUUAUCAGCCCCACGAUGAUCAAAGAUCAACUCUUGCCCAAAAUCGACGAUUUCAUGAGAUCUCAUCUGAGUGAUUGGGAUAACAAGAUUGUUGAUAUCCAAGAGAAAACGAAAGAGAUGGCGUUUCUAUCAUCAUUUAGACAAAUUGCAAGCGUUGAAGCAAGCUCAAUAUCUGACGCAUUCAUGCCUGAAUUCUUCAAACUGGUCCUGGGAACUCUCUCACUCCCCAUCAACCUUCCCAACACAAAUUACCAUCGCGGAUUUCAGGCAAGACAGAACAUCACAUGCUUGUUAAGGAAACUAGUCGAAGAAAGAAGAGCUUCCGGAGAAAAACAAAGGGACAUGCUUGGUCUUCUAGUAAGCGAGGAGAACAAAUACAAGCUAAGUGAUGAGGAAAUGAUCGACUUGAUCAUCACCAUCUUGUAUUCCGGAUACGAGACCGUGUCAACUACUUCUAUGAUGGCUGUCAAGUAUCUUCAUGAUCAUCCAAAAGUGCUAGAAGAAUUAAGGAAAGAACAUAUGGCAAUACGGGAAAGAAAAAAUCCUGAGGAUCCUAUUGAUUACGAAGACUAUAGAUCCAUGCGCUUCACACGUGCGGUCAUAUACGAGACAUCCAGACUGGCUACAAUAGUAAAUGGAGUUUUGAGGAAGACAACUACGGAUAUGGAAAUAAAUGGUUAUGUCAUUCCUAAAGGAUGGAGGAUAUAUGUGUACACUCGGGAGGUCAACUACGACCCGUGCCUUUAUCCCGAUCCAUUAACCUUCAAUCCAUGGAGAUGGCUGGAAAAAGGCCUGGAAAAUCAACACCAUUUCUUGAUUUUCGGAGGGGGGACAAGACAAUGCCCUGGAAAAGAGCUCGGACUGGCUGAAAUUUCUACAUUCCUUCAUUAUUUUGUGACGAGAUACAAAUGGGAAGAAGUAGAGGGAAACAAGCUAAUGAAAUUUCCAAGAGUCGAGGCACCCAACGGGCUCCGGAUUAGGGUUUCUGCUCACUAACCUCCCUAAGAGCAUUUGUACAAAGAGGAAUAACUAACUUUUAACAUAGCAGAUCAGAAUAGCUAGCUUCUCUGAAUGUACAAAAAAUUGAGCUAACACCAUGCACUAGAGAAUCGAUACCCAUCUUGCAAGGGUUCAAUAAUAUGUCUGUACAAAGAAUCAUCAAUUAUUUUUUGCCUCAUUGAAACUUUA